ACCAGGCAGAGCAAUGUUACCACUGUGGGCGGUGUGUUCGGCGUAGUAGAGAUUAUAGGCACUGUAAAAAAAACUGUCGAAGCUUGGGGUUAGUACACCAUAGCGCUUCAGUGGUGGUGCACACUGGAACUCGUAUCAAGAGUGGUACCCUGCUGGUACUGGUGAGAGACAAGACAACCUGCCUCAUCAAAAUGCCUGCUGUCAAAUUACCCAGCAAACCAUCUGCCUUUUCACUGGGCAUAAUCGUGGAAAUGAUGCUGCUCUUAGGCGCGUUCGUCAGCGGGCUGAUAACUGCCGGAGCAGCAGGUGUAACGCAGUCGAGAUUUGACGGCCACUGUCCGCUGUCUGUGAGUGUAACGUGCGAAUCAGUCGGUUCAACACAGCACGAGUACAAAUUCCACUGGACCAACGAUGGCCUAUGUAAUUUCUGCGUCAAUCUGCAAAUUGCCGGGGUGGUGGCGUCCUUCCUGUUCACCCUCUACCGGAUCAUCGUGCUGUGUUACAGAAAGUACAACAUAGGCAUUUUGCGCAUCGUCACCACGGGAGCGUUCUCCAUCUACACCAUCCUGGUCCUCGCAGACGCUGCCCUCAUCACUAGUGGCUUCAAUUCCUUCUGCAACAGUCUCAUAUCGGCCUGCACAGUACACAGCGACAAAUCGUGUUUCGACUUUCAAACAUUUCUAAACUGGAGCAUAAUCAAAGUUGAUGGUUCGAGUUUCUACUCCACUUUGAGAAUAGCUGAGGUCGCAGCAUGGAUUUCCGUUCUGUUUUGGGUCGCCCUUUCCAUCUGGAACAUCGUGCUCUUUGUGUCAGCCAGGCGAGCCAACCGACAAAUGGUGCUGCCGCCAAGCAGCUCGAGUCUUACCACCGCCGCCCCCACCGCUGUCAAUAAACCACUGUGAAGCAACAUAGCCUAGUAUGGGACAGUGGCCUCUGAUUUGGUUGAAUGCACUCAUCGGUUCUUCAUCAAGGCUUCGCCAGGCUGUCGCACCCCUGGGGCAUGCCUUUCCCUGCGGUGGUGCUGAUAGUAACAAUUCUUAGGAGUGGCAAACUCUCUCGUGCCAUCGGGGCUUGAAUGACUUCACCAAACCCCGACACAGCGCAGGGCAUUGGUGGAGAAAAGAACUGAUGAGUGCAUAUAUACUUGUAAAUGUAAUACCACAAAUUUUCUUUUGUAUCGCGUAGUUGGUGAUUUCUUUCCAACUUGUGUUAUGUUCGGAUUGUAUUACAUCUCGCAUACAAUUCUCCGACCGUGGUUUCGCUAAUGCCGCUGAGUAAGAUGUUAUAUGCUGUAUAAACUUAAUCACCUAUGCAAAACUUUGGAAUGUAGUUUGGUUGCCGCUGUGUUGUCACAAGGAACUGGUUCUGUCCUGUCCCAUAAACACUUAUUCAAAAACAAGCAUUAAAGGGCUACGUUAUGGAGGCAUCAGACUAUUUCGCAUCUAGGUAUAGACUAAUCCGAUUAGACGCCAUAACUGCAGUGGCACGGCACUCGCACGCACAUUCUUUAGCUUGACGCGCGGAAACAUGUGGCAAAUCACGACAUCCUAUUGGUCGAAGAGGCAUGUAACGCGCGCGUACCACCUGUCCACGAGCGUUGUGCCACCGCGGUGAUGGCUUCUAAUUCUGGUGGUCGAAUUACACUAUACACUAUUGUUUUGAUGUCAUGUAUUAUAGUUGCGUGCAAAAAUGCAGUGCUGAAACUAUUGUUUUUAAAAUAAUUGCUUGACUUAUGUCUUUUGUACAGUCUUUAAAUCGUACUAAUAGGAAAAAACGUUCAGAUUUAGAUGGUUAUAAUACUGCAUGUAAAUAGUGAGGCUUAAGAAAUGUUUUAUAGCUUUAAAGUGCUGUUUGCAUGUGCCCGUAGCCAACACGCUAAUAUCAUGGCAUUACUUGUCCAUUAAUUAAGCAAUCUCGUGUUUGCCUCGUUAUCGCUAAGAAUACUUUCUUUAUAAGACCUUGUGUAAUAAUUGACCGAUGACUCACUUCGCUACUGUUUUGUGACUUUUUAAAUCGCAGAUGUACUGAUCAGAAGAAGAAACAAUUUAACUCGUACCAAACACAUUUCUUUACCUACUAAGGUAGGCAAGUUAGCUGGACAAAUCAUUUUUUAAAUUCAUUUCUGUUGGGUCCACGAACACCAUAAAGACGCUAAAGCAGGCUGUUACGUAAGGCGAUACCAUAAUAGAUCAGUAUUUUCUGUCCUGGUUCGAUCUGGGGCUAUUCCCUGUAGAAGCCUCGCUAGUUAUAAACAGAGGUGAGCAUAAUCAGAUCAGGUGCUGAAGGGAUGAGACACAUGCGCUACAUCUUCAAAAGAGCGUCUACAACAAAAACGUGUGAGAUGCGCGCCUUGCAUAUGAUGCAAGAUAUGGGGCGGAGACAACCUCUCCCCCGCCUUUGUGUUGGUCAUUGUUUGGUCGGAAUCUCAUGAA